AUGCCUCAAUUGUUGGAUAGCAUACUCAAUGUGAUCAGAGUGUUCCAGAAAUAUGCCAAUGAAAAUGGAGACUGCACUUCACUAUGCAAGAAGGAGUUGAAGCAGCUGCUGUUGGCUGAAUUUGGAGACAUCCUCCGGAGACCAAAUGACCCAGAGACUGUGGAGAACAUUCUGAGCCAUUUAGACAGAAACAGAAAUGGGCGUGUUGACUUUCAUGAAUAUCUUUUGUUGGUCUUCCAAUUAGUCCAAGCCUGUCACCAUAAGCUAGAUAAGAAGUCAUGUGGAGAUAGAACCUCACAGCAAGAAAAGAGGCAUGAAGUAACACAAGACCAUAAGUUUCCAGGAGGCACAGGCCAAAAACAACAGCAGUCUCAUGUAGGUAAAAGACAGAAUUCCCACCACAGUGAGUCUGAAAGACAAACUCAUGAGUCUGCAAAACAAGAUAAAGACUUCCACUAUGGUCAGUCUGAGAGUCAAGAGAGAGAUUCCCACCACGGUGAGUCUGAGAAACAAGAUAGGGAUUCCCACCAUAGUCAGUCCAAGAGACAAGACUGGGAUUCCCACCAUGAUCUAUCUGAGAGACAAGACAGAAGUCAUAGCUCUGAGCAGUCUAAAAAGCAACGUCAAGCCUCUGGCUCAGACUACAGACUGAGUCAUAAGUCUAACAGUGGCCAGCAAAAAAAGCAAGGAAAUAUCUUUGUCGUAAAUCAGUCUGAGAAACCAGCUCAGGAUUCACAUUAUGGACAAGGCUUCCACCAAGGCCAGACAGACAAACAAGGACAGGGUUCCCAUGAUCAGCAGACAAACAGACAAAGCCAGAGUUCACACUAUGGUCAGACAGACAGAAAAGGACAGGGCUCCUACUCUGGCCAAAUAGACAUACAAAGACAGAGUUCUCACCAUGCUCAGACAAACAGACAAGGACAAGGUUACCACUAUGGUCAGACAGACAGACAAAGUCAGAGUUUCCACUAUGACCAGACAGAUAGACAAGGACAAGGUCAUAGUUUCCAUUAUGGUCAGACAGACAAACAAGAACAGAGUUCCCACCAUGGCCAAACAGGCAGACAAGGACAAGGUUACCUCUAUGGUCAGACAGAGAGACAAAGCCAGAGUUCUCACUAUGGCCAAACAGACAGACAAGAACAGGGUUCCCACCAAGGCCAGACAGGCAGACAAGAACAGGGUUCCCACCAUGGGCAAGCAGACAGACAAAACCAGAGUUCUCACUAUGGUCAGACAGACAGACAAGGACAGAGCUCCCACUCUGGCCAAAUAGACAUACAAAGACAGGGUUCUCACCAUGCUCAGACAAACAGACAAGGACAAGGUCACCACUAUGGUCAGACAGACAGACAAAGUCAGAGUUCCCACUGUGGUCAGACAGACAGACAAGGACAAGGUUCCCACUCUGGUCAGACAGACAUCCAAAGACAGGGUUCUCACCAUGGUCAGACAGACAGACAAGGACAGGACUCCCACCAAGGCCAGACAGACAGACAAGAACAGGGUUCCCACCAUGGGCAGACAGACAGACAAAGCCAGAGUUCUCACUAUGGUCAGACAGACAGACAAGGACAGAGUUACCACUAUGGUCAGACAGACAGACAAAGUCAGAGUUCCCACUAUGGUCAGACAGACAGACAAGGACAAGAACAGAGUUCCCACCAUGGCCAAACAGACAGACAAGGACAAGGUCACCAUUAUGGUCAGACAGACAGACAAAGUCAGAGUUUCCACUAUGGCCAGACAGACAGACAAGGACAAGGUUCCCACUAUGGUCAGUCACAGACUGCAGAAACUGAGAUGCAAGGACAAAAUAGAUACUUACAAGGGAAUGGAAAAACAAGAAGAGACUCAGAUGUUGAGCAAUCAGAAAAGUCAAGGAAGCUAAGUGAACAGACUCCAAGACAGGAAGUGAAGCAAAACCAGACACAGGUAUUCCAGUCUAGGGAAAAACAGCAGCACAACUAUCAUGCAUGGAAGCCAGAGGAGGAUAGUCAAUAUCACCAACAUACACUUUUAGCACAAAUCCAACAAGAGAGGCCACUGUAUCAUAAAGGAAAUGACAGGCAAUCAGGUAGUAGUGAGCAGAGCCACAGACAAGUCCAAACCAGACAGAGCCAGGACAAGAGACAAACCCACCAGGAAGAAGAGCAAGGUCAUCAAAGCUGGGGUGAACACAGUCAUGAGGGCCAGGAAAGUGUAUGGGAGGCACAAGAUAGGCAAACCCAUGAAGAAGAACAAAACCAUCAAACAAAGGACAAGCAAACCUAUGGAGAUGAGAAGAACCACCAAAGACAAGACAAUCAAACCCAGGAAAAGGAUCAACAUCAUCAUCAACAACAGGAUAGUCAAACCCAUGAGAAGAAAGAGAGGUACCAAAGGUUCCAGGAUCAAAGAAGACAUCAGAGUGGAGAUCAUCCUACCAAGGCAGCUAACAUUCCUCCCAAUCCCUUCUAUGGCUAUGUACAAGAGCAGAAAUCACAUCAAUAUCAGGCUGUGUGA